CGAGACACCUUCAGGGCAGCUCAGCAGUCGAGUUCAGUUGCUCACUCUGUCCAAAUCAGUCCCAUUCCGACUCCAAUUCCGAGUCCAGCACUCUCGAGCGAGUGCUCAAGCAGUCGAGUUCAGUCUCUCAAGCUCUCACUCAUUCAACACGAGUUUCAUACCUUAAAUCAGUCAUAUAUACGCAUCGGCGUAAUAUUGUUCUUAUAUAAAGUUGUUGGAAUAAACACUAUUCUAUACCUGUUAAUUCAGUGUAAUUUCAGUUGAACCACCCCUGUUAUCGUAACAGAAAUCAGGGGAUCGAUCAUUUCGUGGCGUCGAUUAUUUAAUCGUAACGGGAAUUUACGACUCCCGUUGAUGUGUUUUCUUGCGAUCGCGUCUCCCCGCGAGUGGUCGAAACAUUUUGGUCCUUCGAGCCGGAUCACGUGUUGAAUGAAAGUGCACACCAGUGACACCCACUUCAUACAGUGCCACGUGAAUCCAAUAUAAACAACAACGGACGCGUUACCACUCCAGCGAAGUAAGUAACGCCAAGGGCAGUCAUUUUGAAGAGGCAUCCUCACGUCAACAAACAAAGGUUCUACUUCUGAAAAGAAACGUCUUAGACGCCAGUCGAGACACACACCGUGACGAGCGACAUCCGAAUACACAACCACAGGUAAACUCGUUCAUUACAUUGUCAUACGAUCCGCUAACAAUGGAAGGCGCAGAUAAAAUUACCUCCUUGCAUCGAAAACGAGGCUUCCAAAUCGUUCGAUUUACGACCCUAUCAAAACGACUCGACGAGUACGAACAAUCUAACAGACGAAACAAGGCCUCUUUGACGGCGUAUAACUCAUUACUCGACGACACGUGGAAGCAGUAUAGAGCAUUGCAAGAUGAAUUAGAAGAUUUAGGCGAGCGGGACGACGCGCGCGUUUCCGAGAUAACCGAUAUCUAUUACGAUCUGGUAGUUCGUUUACACACUCUCAUGGAUGACGCACCAGCAUCAUCGUCGUCGAAAUCGCCAAGAAGCGAUUCGCCCAACAUCGCUAAGCCGACGGAAAUUAAACUACCAGAGAUUCAGUUACCUACUUUCGACGGUGCCAUCGAGAAUUGGCAUUCUUUCUAUGACGCAUUUUCGUCCACGAUAGAUCGAAGCGAUCGACUCACUGCCACACAAAAAUUCCACUACCUUCGAUCUUCUUUAACCGGAAGGGCCGCGCGAAGCAUCCAAUCGUUGGACGUUAUGGAAAUUAAUUAUCCCAUCGCGAUUGAUAUUCUGAAGGACAAAUUCGACUGCCACCGUCAAGUCUGCAUGCGCCAUUGGGACUUGAUAUUCGAAUAUCCAAAAAUAAACAAGGAGACACCCGAGGCAAUCGACGAUUUUCUGGAGACGGUCAAGGCAAAUCUCCAAGCCUUGGAGAAGCUAGGUGAGCCGAUAACGUCAAAUGUUGUCCUUAUCAAAUUGCUUACUUCAAAAUUACCGUCCGCCAUCAUUCGUAAAUGGCAACGAACGCUACCGGAUAAAAAGAUACCGUCCUAUACACAUCUGGUAGAGUUCCUCAAAACACGGACGAACGGCGACAGAACAAGCCCAACGACCACGACAAAAAAAACGUCCGAAAAAUACAAUCGACAGCAACAACACGCGCCGCGAAGCAUCACCUUCGCCACUACACAUAGGCCGACAGCGUGUCCAAGUUGCAAGGGACAACAUAAAAUAUGGCAUUGCGAGGUCUUCAAGGCGAAGUCGGUCAAAAAUCGCCUUGAAAUCGUCAAAAGGGCUUCCCUAUGCACCAAUUGUCUAGGCCAAGGGCACACUAUCGCCCAGUGUUCUGCCGGUUCAUGUCGCAUAUGCAGACAGCGACAUCAUACAUACUUGCAUCAACACCAACGUCACGGCAAGUCACGGUCUUCGAGCGGUCGAUCGUCGAGCGACCGAUCAUCGAGUGGACGCUCUUCACCUAGCUCACCGACUCCUCGUUCGUCACAUCGUUCGAGACGCGCGUCCACGUCUUCCAAGUCGUCUCACCGGUCGUCUCCCCGGUCGUCUUCUAAGUCGUCUACCCGGUCGUCUUCUAAGUCGUCUCAUCGGUCGUCUUCCCGGUCGUCUUCCAAGUCGUCUCCACGGUCGUCACCCCGAACGUCACCAAAACACGAACCUGGGCCAACACGUACACAUACAACCGGAUCAAAGUCAUCGUCUAGUCCUCAAAGACAAGAAAGGAAGUGACUAUCUUAG